AACACCACUGACGUCACGUAGGAAUCAAUUUCCGAUAUAGCGAACUCGCGGCGUGUUUGAAGAAAAUUGCUUUUCCCAAAUCGCCGAGCACAUUCACUGUUUUGAGUUCAUGGUUGGUUGUUGCGGGUACCUAGAGCGUAGCUUCGUUUGUUUCUGUUACGACGAUUAAAUGGAUGAGACGGCAAAUCUAGAGGAAAGACGAGACAACCGUCCUCGCUCGAAUACUUGGCCCCUCCCGGACCCUUCAGAAUUCACAAAAUCUGAACGAGAAGUCGAUCAGCCGAGCUUGAAACAACUCAACGACGGACCGAAGAAAAGUUCGCGAAAAAAUGCCUGGGGAAACUUGUCGUAUGCAGACUUGAUAACCCAAGCGAUUCAGAGCUCCUCAGAGCAGCGGUUGACACUUUCACAGAUUUACGACUGGAUGGUGAACACAGUUCCCUAUUUCAGGGACAAGGGAGACAGCAACAGUUCGGCUGGUUGGAAGAAUUCAAUUCGACACAAUUUGUCCUUGCAUAGCAAGUUUGUUAGAGUACAAAACGAGGGCAAUGGCAAGAGCUCCUGGUGGAUGCUUAACCCCGAUGCGAAAGGAGGCAAAACGAGUCGUAGGCGUUCAGGCUCUCUUGAUUCGGCCCCUAAAUCAGAGAGAAAGCGAGGGCGAACGAAAAAGGAGAAAAUUAAAGAAGAAGACGGCGAGUCUCCUUCAAGUCCUCGACUGUCGGUGAAUCGCGCGCGUGACGGUAGAGCAAACUCUCCGGGGAAUGUCUCGCCGACUAACAGUUCUAGUUCUGACUCGUUGCUCACAAUCCCAGAGUCCGAGUCGCCGUUACCUUUCCCUCUUAGCGAAAGCUUUGCUCGGCCGCGAACAUCAUCGAAUGCUUCGACAGUUAGCAGUCUUGGUGGUCGUUUGUCUCCCAUACCGGCUCAUGUGGAUGAACUUGAACUAUCCGUCGAAGAUCAGCAUUUACCUCCGGGUAAUUUCAACAUCUCCAGCCCCCCGAAUCCAGCUGCUGAGGAACUUACACAAAUGGCUGACUCUAUGAGUUUGAACUCGUUAGCAGCGGAAAAUAGAUUAAAACAGACUUUAACACAAGUACAACCAUCGUUACUUCCGUCAGAACCGCCACAUAAUGAGCUCGCUAUCACUGCAUCAAACGGUAUGAAUUCCAGCAUUUCGAACAGUUUUGACACUAGUUAUAAUAGAAGUGGAUAUUUACAACCCAUUCAACACCCUCAGCAGUCUCUCAGCCCAGAAAUACACUCCCCUCAGAAUAUUCCACCUUCACAACCGACCUUCCGAGAUCGGCGUGUAUACUCGCAACCCCUACAGCCUCGCUUUCAGCGACGCAACUAUCAAAGUCCACCUGAGCGGCAGAACACUACACCAGCUCGAGUGAACGACAUUUUCUGUCGCGAUCAAGAGAUGGAAGUGCAGCAUGCACCGGAGAAUAUGUUUCAGAACUUUCAGCCAAGUUAUGUUAAUGGAAACCAGUGUGGCGUUAAUAGCAUACCUCAGAACCAUCAGACCUUUAACAGUUACACCGAUCCCUUCAUUCAGCAUGUCGGGGCAGGUUCACUCAUCAUGGAAAAUGGACUUCAUUCUAUGCAAGGACAUCCAUUCACUAGAGAUGUUAGAAUGACAAAUAAUAAUCAACUGGAAUUUAUGAAUGAAAAGUUCCCAAGUGAUUUAGAACUGGAUGCCUUUCAUGGCGAUCUUGACUGUGACAUAGAGAGCAUUAUAUAUGAUGAACUAAAUAUGGGAGAUGGAGGCUUUGAUAUCAACUUGGAGCAAUUUAUCAACCAGCUGCCUAAUGUAGGAGAGUUGCGUAGUGGUCUCUACUAAUUCAGACAUUUAAUUUAUGGUUUAUAGGCGCAAUAUUUUUUUUUAUAACAGAUUGAGCCUAUGUUUUUACUUCUUCUGGUGGGUUAGUUGAGAAACUUGUACAUAAAGGGUCUCUGUAGGGUCAAGUAACUUCAGAAAAGUCGUGUCUGGGGAGCCAGAAUGAUGACUGAAGGGAAGAAGUUUGUAUUUAACCUAUAGUAAGUUAAGAUGGGUAAGGUUGUAUUAGAACUUUACAAAAGAUAUGUGGAAUUUUUCCUCCUGGGGUUAAAUUCUUCCUGAUUACGUUUUGCAUUUGUACGGCUGUGAACGAGUUCCUGUACAUCUGCACCGGAAUAAACCUUCAUGUUUACAUCCAGUAUAUCUCACAUUAUAUCACAUUGUUUAGCAAGGUUAUUAAUACUAUUUGAUGUUUUGGUCACAGUAUGGUACAUUGCAAAUAUUUGGCUUUUUUUCCUCUCAAAUUGCCCAUCAGUUUCUUGCCAUGUCUUGACAGUGCAGCAACUUUUGGUUUAGAGCAAUAUUCUGUUGCCUGCUUUUAUUUCCAAGAUGUAGUGAAGCUGACACUAAUUUACUGUAAGGGCCUUACAUCAGUCUCUUUUCCAAGUUGAUGCUGCAUCUCUUUAGCAUAGUAGAUAGGAAUUGAGAUGUUUUAAGUACAGUUGCAACAUGCUCCAUGUUUGCUAUGUUUUCAUUUGUUGCACAAUUCUUGCAUAAAUUGAAUUUGUACUUGUACAGUUUAGGUCAGUAUGAGAUAUUAUUUUUAGAGAGAGUAUAACUGUUUUGUUAGUUUUGCUCAAUCUUGCUAGACUCGUUGCUCUAUGUUUGCUGCAUUCUGUGCUUGAAGUCUGGCACACAAGUGUUUGAGGUGACCACUGUUUUUUGUGUGGGAAUAAUUUGAUAUAAAAUAAUACAGAAACUUAUGUAGCUGUUAAAUGAAUUGAAUUGUAUCAGUCAAAUAAAUGAAAAGUAGUUGCUUUGUAAUAUUGUGAAUAUCGAUUGGAGGAGGUGACCAAGGUUUCUCCUUUAUAGUAUGUUAAACUUGGUCAUGACGUGCACUGAGUCACAAAAAAAUUAUAUAUCAAUGCGACAUGCCUAUAUUUAUGGUAUUGGAGAUAAUAAAUUAUUUUCUGUUGGCAA